AUGGCGGAUCCCUUGUCGACAGCAGGCAGUGUUGUUGGGAUCAUUUCCCUCGGGAUUCAGGUCGUGCAGUCAAUCUACCAGUACUACAGUGCCGCGAAAGACCAGCACUCCGACAUUGCUCGCACCCUGCGGAAACUCGAAGAUCUACAAUCCUUGCUCGAAAGAUUGAACACCCAUCUCAGCGAUCGAAAAUUUCGAUCCAGUGAGGCGGCUUUGCUUCAAAACAUUGAGUCCACGAUCCAACACUGCGAGGAGUCCAUCGACGAGUUGGAACAAGAAGCGAGGAAGUUUGAGAAGAAACCGACCGACGGUGCUCGAGCUGCAAUUAAAGGUGUCGUUCGUCGCUUGGCAUACCCGUUUAGGGAGAGCACUCUCCUGAAGCUGCACGAAGACAUUGACUAUCUCAUCAGUCAACUGUCUCUAGCCUUAUCGCUACUGCAGCAGCAGACCAUCGAUCUCGUACAAGAUGAAAUCGAGAAUACCAAUGCCAUACUCAACUUAAUCCGAACCUCACAAGUCUCCUCCGAGAUCCGAACUUGGCUCAAUGCUCCUGACGCGACCUUCAACUUUACUGAAGCAUGUUCGAAGAAACACCCAGGAACUGGUGCUUGGUUCGUCAACGGGCCUGAAUUCACUCGCUGGUUGGAGGGGUCAAACUCGUUUCUUUGGCUGAAGGGCUUUGCCGGCUGCGGAAAGACUGUUCUGAGUUCGACGGUCAUACAGCACACCCUCCGUCACCGUAGAUCAAACCCCUCCAUCGGGCUCUGUUUCUUCUUCUUUUCAUUUAAUGAUGAAUCCAAACAGGAUGCAUCAGCUAUGCUCCGAGCGCUCAUUUUGCAGCUAUCUGACCAACUUGACUAUGUUCCAUGCGCACUGCAAAGAAUACACGAUUUGAGGAAGAAACACAACAUUCCACCGUCCACGGCAGAUCUACUUCAAUGUUUCCGUCAGGUCUUACGGCUUUUCCAAAACGUCUACGUUGUUUUGGAUGCACUAGACGAGAGCCCUCGGGAAACUAGUCGAUUCGGUCUCUUGGAAACAUUGAAAGAGAUUCGGGAUUGGUCAGAGCUGGGAGUACAUCUUUUGGUGACCAGCCGAGAUGAAGUAGAUAUUCGCGAAGGAAUAGAUAUCGAAGAUCAAGCGACCAUCUUGAUGAAGCACCAAGGGAUAGAUGAUGAUAUUGCGAGCUAUGUCUCGCAAUUUCUCCGACAGCGUCUUAAGCGUUUGAACGAGCACCAUUCCCUGAUUGAAAAGGUCUUGACCGAGAAGGCACAUGGCGUGAGCAAGCAGGCUCUCGAUCGACGACUUCAAUCAUUACCUCCAACGUUGGAUGAGACCUACAAAAGAAUGCUGGAGAAUGUUCCCGACAAAGACUACGCCAAGCAGAUGCUCACGAUUCUCUGUUGCGCAUCAAAACCAUUGACUGUGCAGGAGCUAAUCAACGCUUUGGCAAUCGAAAUCGGUGCCACGUCCUUCUUGAACCCAGAUCGGCAAUUGCCAGAUGCAGACUCUCUUCUCGAAAUCUGCCCGGGUUUCACAGAAGUAGCCAUAGAACCUUACACGAGACUGGCUGUCAUUCGAAUUGCCCACUUCUCUAUGUUCGGACGUGUAGAGACUGUGGAAAAGUAUCCUUUUGCGGAAUAUGCUGCCAAGGAGUGGGUGAACCACUGGAGGAAGGGCAUUGGGAUUUGCGCCGCAUUAUACGAUAACCACAGCCACUGCAACCUUGAAGUAUCCCACGAUAGUCUCGCUCUACGGCUUCAAGAUCAGAUGCUACUACUUUUCAGAGACAAGAAAGGGGCAAUGAAGAAUUGGUAUAAACUAUGGGACCUCGAUUCUCACGGGGCUGGAGAAGGCGAUGAGAUGCCACCUCCACUUUACUAUGCAUCCCUUGUCGGUGCUCUAUUUCUGGUAGAGAACCUCCUCGAAGACUUGGAAAGACAACCUUCAGCUCAUGGCCAGACAGAAGUCAUCAAGUUACUGCUCGAGCGCGGCGCGGAGGUCAACGCAGUUUGGUCUGCUUUGAUGGCAGCGGGAGGCGAAGCUACUAGCAUCCUUCUGAAAGCUUUUGACGGCACCAAGGUCACUACAAGUCCUGAGAUGUUCGAGCUUUAUAUGGAAACAGCGGUAGAAUUUGGGAAUAUAGACGCUGCCCAGAAGUACUUGGACGAAUGGAUCUUGUGCGGAAGACCUGGCUUUUCUCCCGGGAAAUCACUUAAAGCAGCGUCAGCCGGUGGACAUCACAGCAUCGUUCAGCAACUCCUCUGUUCGGGAGCUGAGAUGGCCGGCUCUGCUCGAGUCCGCCAGAUAUUAUUGCUCAGAGACACGAUAGGACCGGCGCUCCAAGAGGCAUCCGGACAUGGACACCUUGAAGUCGUCGAACUUCUCCUAGAAUUUGGAACCGAUAAAGGAAUUCCCUUAUGUGGCAUAGACUUGAGGUAUGCACUGCAGAGAGCAGCAGCCGAAGGACACGAAGAGAUAGUGCAGCUUCUUCUUAACAACGGCGCCACUCCCAACUCUUCGGACGAGACUCACAUGCCAGCACUCUAUGCAGCAUCACUGUUGGGUAGUGAGGAGAUUGUUCAGCUUCUUCUGGACGCAGGGGCGGAUAUCCACGCUCGGUUUCAGGGGGGAAUGUUCGAAUCUGUAUUAGCUGCAGCGUGCAACAGCGGCAAAAUCGGAGUGGUGGAGAUGUUGAUGGCUCGAAGCGCGUCCUGCCUGACAGGAAGCGUCGUGGCUACAACAAUACGGGCUGACACGGAGGGCUCUGCGGAUGAUCAUUGGGAUCUUUGGGACCAAAUACUUUCUCACUUCAUCAGGACUGGAGUUCGGAAGUCGCUCUCGCUUAUAAGGAAAGGAAAUUCCAAGAAACUGGAAACCUGGCUUCGAACAGAAAUUUCGGACUUCGAACUAAAGGCCCUGGAUCCUCUCUCCGCAGCGUCAUUCGGAGGCCAUGUGGAUAUUGUUCGGAAAUUCCUCAAAUGUUUGAAUGAGAAAAGUGUCGAGAACCGAGUUACAAGACUACGAACAGCACUUUCAGCGGCGGCAGCAGGCAGCCACCUUGAAGUUGUCAAGUUAAUUCUCGACUUUGCUCGUACAAUACCCUUGCGAGAACUCGAUCUGGAGAAAGCAAGGUAUUUGGCAUCACUGAUGAAGAAACCUUAUCCUGUGGACGGUCCUCACAUGAUGGAAGACCAUGGCAUUGUACAGGUCUUGCAAGAAAAAAUCGAGAGCUCACUCCAAGAUGACAUUCUUGAAUUGACUCAGCUCUUCGAACAAGACGGCGAUUGCUGA